AACCAUAAAAGUUUCUUAGCUCUUCCAUAAUCAUGGGGGCUCACCGUCGUUUCGAUCCGAUCUCGAAAUGUAGCAGCGAGGGUAGAUCGAAUCAGACGGUGGCUGCGGAUUUAGACGGAACCCUUCUCGUAUCACGAAGUGCUUUCCCUUAUUUCAUGCUGGUUGCACUCGAGGCCGGUAGCUUUGUUAGAGCACUUGUACUCUUGACAUCCGUUCCAUUCGUGUACUUUACCUACUUGUUCAUCUCCGAAUCCGUGGCCAUUAGUACCUUCAUUUUCAUCGCCUUUGCCGGGCUGAAAAUUCGAGACAUCGAGCUCGUCUCGAGGUCGGUCUUGCCCAAGUUUUAUUCGGAGGAUGUUCAUCCAGAGACAUGGAGAGUUUACAGCUCCUUUGGGAAAAGAUACAUUGUCACAGCAAAUCCUAGGAUCAUGGUGGAACCUUUUGCCAAGACAUUUUUAGGAGCUGACAAGGUUAUUGGAACCGAGCUGCAGGUGACGAAAUCGGGCAGGGCGACCGGUUUUGCCGUUAAACCCGGUGUUCUGGUCGGAGAACACAAAAGUGCUGCCGUCUUAAAAGAAUUCGGCUCCAAGUUGCCGGAUUUGGAUUUGGGCCUGGGAGACCGAGAAACUGACCAUGAUUUCAUGUCAUUAUGCAAGGAAGGAUACAUGGUGCCAAGAACCAAAUGUGAUCCAUUACCAAGGAACAAGCUUCCAAGCCCUGUUAUAUUCCAUGAAGGUCGCCUUGUCCAAAGGCCUACACCAUUGGCUGCCCUCUUGACCUUCCUAUGGCUUCCCAUAGGCUUCAUCCUCUCCCUACUCCGGGUUUACACCAACAUCCCGCUGCCGGAGCGAAUUGCUCGGUACAAUUACAAGCUCUUAGGGAUCAAAUUGAUUGUUAAGGGUACACCACCACCACCACCCGGGAAAGGCCAGAGUGGAGUCCUCUUUGUUUGUAACCAUAGAACGGUGUUGGACCCUGUUGUGACAGCGGUUGCCUUAGGCCGAAAAAUCAGUUGUGUUACUUACAGCAUUAGCAAAUUCACUGAGAUCAUUUCGCCAAUUCGGGCUGUUGCGUUAUCGAGGGAAAGAGAGAAAGAUGCGGCCAACAUCAAGCGCAUUCUCGAGGAAGGUGAUUUGGUUUUAUGUCCCGAAGGGACAACUUGCAGGGAACCUUUCCUGCUAAGAUUCAGUGCUCUGUUUGCUGAACUCACCGACAGAAUUGUACCGGUCGCAAUCAACACGAAACAAUCAGUCUUCCACGGGACAACGGUCAGGGGUCACAAGAUGUUGGAUCCUUAUUUCGUGUUCAUGAACCCGAUGCCUACUUACGAGAUCACCUUCUUGAACCAGCUGCCUACAGAACUCACUUGCAAAGGUGGAAAAUCAGCCAUUGAAGUUGCAAACUACAUCCAAAGGGUGCUCGCCGGAACAUUAGGAUUCGAGUGCACGAACUUGACUAGGAAAGACAAGUACGCUAUGCUUGCGGGAACCGACGGUCGGGUUCCAUCCAAGAAGGAAAAAGAUCAGGAAAAGGAAAAGGCUUAAUCAAAAAAAGAAGAUAAUUUACAUUAGUUUGGCUAUUGUUUUGCAUUGUAUUAAAAACUGUCUUACAAAUAAAAAUAGAUUGUAAUGCUAAUUA